GGAGGGGGUGGGUGAGAGAAAGGACGACAGAGUGCAACAGUACACCCUGACUCCCUGGCACGGAAUGUGGAGAGGUUCUGGCCUCUGCUUGUAACUGCUAGAUGGACAGUGACUUAACAAGACAGAAAAGAGAAAAGGAUCUCAGGGGAGGUCGACUUUUUGGGGUAUUAUUUGUCUUGUGACAUUUGAGCCUUUCCAAUAGAGUUGGAGGCGCUGUAAGAAAACAGAAGUCAACUGCACACGAGAGGACUAAUGAGUUUAGUUGCCGCAGAAACCACAGAGGCGUUUUUCCAGGAGAAAGAGAAGUGUGUUGUCUUUCUCAGACCUCUCUCCUUUUAAUAUAAUGCCUGCAGCCGGUGUCAGCGUUCUAUGGAAAACCUUCAUCCCUUUUAGGUCACAGAUCCUUUCUUUGGUACAAAGUGUGGGGCUUGGCUGUCAUCUUGCCGUAUAGGACACUUCGAUUCCUCCUCCAAAGCAGCUGAGUGGAUCAACGUUUGCGGGGCUCAUUUCCCCCCUUCUUCAUGAGUGUCACCUCUGCCUCGACAAGUCAAGAGUGAGUCUGGACUCGAGCUGCCCCAGAUCAGCAGAUAACACAUCAGCACUGCACAGGAACUGGUUGGACGAGUUUAGAAGUCAGAGCAGAGGGCAGGGUAGUUUAACCCUGCCUGAAGGAGAACUCUGUUUUGUUUUCUUCCCACUCGUCCUUUUGGGAGAAAGCAGUCACGCGCAGAGCAUCAUAGCGGCUGUUUGCGCCUUCGCCACUAUGCUGAGGGAUAACUGAGUUUGCUCUUCUUCGUCUUCUUCUUCUUCUUCUCAGAAGGAGAAAGUCUGUGAACGAAAGUAAGAGGGAGGGAGAAACCAGAGUGGGAGACAAAGUAUAAUUUAUUGUUUCCUGGGUUAGAGCAGGCUGCACCCUUUUUUUUUUUUUUUUUUCCUCCUGUCUGAACUCUGAACCACUGAAUGCGUGUGUUAAGUUUUCUCAGGAGCCAUUGAUUGGAGGUCAGGGCAGCAAACACAAGGGUGAAAGGCAAGAACAGAGGGGGCAGCCAGAUUAAAGACGACCAGAGGGCACCGGGAAGGAUCGCCGGGUCAAGCCAAACAGCCGACAAGGAGCGAGAGGUCAUCGUAGAGAUAUCUUUUCAUCCUUUUGCCUCCGACCUACCUUCUAAUUCACACUGGAGCAUUGUCACCUGGGCUCACUUCUUUGACUUUGAGCAUAGUUUAAAGCCAGGGCGGGUCAGUGUAUGAUCCACUCACGGGGUGACGAGACUUGGAGAAUAUGGCCAUGGUAAGCGGGGGAUGGAGCAACCCCAACGGGGACACGACCGGAGUGGAGGAGAAAGUGUACCUGCACAGGGAGGAAGAGGAGGGCUCGCCGCACGCCGGAAGCAGCGAUGUGGACGUCGCGGAUGAGGACAAGGCCUGCGUGCUGGACUGUGGUGUGUGCGGGGACAAGUCCAGCGGGAAGCACUACGGCGUGUUCACAUGCGAGGGCUGCAAGAGCUUCUUCAAAAGGAGCAUCCGACGCAACCUCAACUACUCCUGCAGAUCAAACAGGGAAUGCCAAAUCGACCAGCACCAUCGCAACCAGUGCCAGUACUGUCGACUCAAGAAAUGUUUCCGUGUAGGCAUGCGGAAAGAAGCUGUCCAGCGGGGUCGCAUCCCACCUUCCCACUCAGGUAUCAGUCCCAACUCCCAACGGGCUGGCGGAGUGGGAGGUGUGUUGCCCGGUCACCUUGGUGCAGACUACUUCAACGGGCAGCCGGUGUCGGAGCUCAUCUCCCAGCUGCUUCGGGCCGAGCCGUACCCCAACAGCCGCUACGGGACCCCGUACGGCCAGGCGCAGAUGGGGGCUUCUGCGAGCGGAGCCCCCGUCAUGGGCAUCGACAGCAUCUGUGAGCUAGCUGCUCGGCUCCUCUUCAGCACCAUCGAAUGGGCCAGAAACAUCCCGUACUUCCCAGAGCUGCCAGUUUCUGAGCAGGUGGCACUGCUGAGGCUGAGCUGGAGCGAACUGUUCAUUCUCAACGCAGCGCAGUCUGCUUUGCCAAUCCACAUGGCCCCACUGCUGGCAGCGGCCGGCUUCCACUCGUCCCCCAUGUCUGCAGAGCGGGUGGUGAACUUCAUGGACCAGGUCAGGGUGUUCCAGGACCAAGUGGACAAACUCAACAGACUGCAAGUAGACACCGCUGAAUACAGCUGCCUGAAAGCCAUUGCUCUCUUUUCACCGGAUGCAUGUGGUCUGACGGAUCCAGCCCAUGUGGAGUCCCUGCAGGAGAAGGCCCAGGUGGCCCUGACCGAAUACGAGAGGUUGCAGUACCCUAACCAGCCUCAGCGCUUUGGCCGCUUGCUCCUGCGCCUGCCGGCUCUCCGCGCCGUGCCGGCCAACCUCAUCUCGCAGCUCUUCUUCAUGCGCCUGGUGGGCAAGACGCCCAUCGAGACGCUGAUCCGAGACAUGCAGCUUUCAGGGAGCUCCAUCAGCUGGCCCUACGCCCCCGGACAGUAGUGAAACCGCAGGCCGGGGUGGGAGAUGCUGAGAUCGGACUGGAGGACGCAAAGAACAUAAAAAGAGCUGGAUGUUAGGUCAAUUCAGUUGCAGCACUUGGGUGUUUUGGCUCUGGUCGCCAUCUGAUCUCUCUUUGUCUCAUUCUGGACUACAGAGAAAGAAAACAAAAACAAAAACAAGGCUUAUUAAAAUGCAGACUUAGGCCAUGAGCACAUACUACCUCCUCCCAUAUCACCUUUAAUGUGACUGAGUUAGAUCCAACUCUGUGUGUGUGUGUGUGUGUGUGUGUGUGUGUGCGCGCGGGCGUAAUUGCUUUGAGUCCAAGUGAAACCAUAGCAACAUCCGCGUGUAGUGCAGACUGUAUCAAAGUUGUUACCAAAUGUAUUAUAUCACCCGAGUCAUGUUGUUGCAUUGUGUGUCAAUGGAAAAACGCUUGAUCAUUUAUUCGAAAUCAAUCUUAAGGCCCAUGCACUAGCACACUGCCUGUCCUUGCUUGUAAGAUAAUGCAGCACACUAGUGAGGCAACUAGUCAUGUUUUUUUUUUUACAGCUAAAUGUUACUAGUGAGGCAAAACUGCGCACUAGUUGAAAGUUGUGUGCUACUAGUAGAACUAGUGACAAAAUUCAACGAGUUAACAUUUACCGCUUUACUUGUUGUACCAGUAGUGCACAGAGGUCACAGUUUUGCCUCACUAGUAACAUGUAGCUGUCCAAAGUUGUCCUACUAAACAAUGCUCGUUCUCAUUCAGUCUUUCUUCUUAGCGCUCUGAAUUGUCUCACUGGUGAGAAAGAAGAAGAGCGUACUAGUAUAUGGCCCUUAAGCUAGAUACCAAGAAUAUGAAAUAAAUGCUCAAACGGCUUCCCAUAAUGUGUCAUACUAUAUUUGCUACACAAAUAUUAAUGCUCAGUCACUUUCUGAAGAAGUUGCAUAUUCUUUUCAGGAUUUGCUGCCCUCAAGUGGCCGAAAAACAGAAGCCAUCUUUGCACACACAUGACUUUAAUAUGCAGUAUGUAGUAAAUUACACACCGUUUUAGGUUUUAGGCUGUUUGCAGUUUAUCACAUAGAAAGCAUAACAUGGCCCCCCCAGACUGUCACGUCCUAGUCUGACAUUAUUACCUCAUGUUUUAUUCUUUUUAAAGACAAAGAUUGUAAUGCGCUAACAGUAAAUGUAAAGGGAUCAAGGUCGUCAUCACCAUCGUCACAAGAAUGUUUCAGUCAUACCCUCCCAAAGACAGACAUGUGCAGUGAUUUUUAGAUACAAUGUAUUGUGAAAUGUACUUUAACAAGGCAGAUACAAUGUAUUGUGAAAUGUAAUUUAACAAGGCACCCAUGUGCAGUGAUUUUUUAGAUACAAUGUAUUGUGAAAUGUACUUCAACAAGGCGCCCAAGGUUGUGUAGCUCAUUCAUGAAUACGACUCUUACGACUCUUGUUAUGUUUCAUUUGUUUUAGGGUACUUCAUUUAUGGACAUACUGUAUGUAAUCCAAUAUUGUAAAGCAAACAGGGCCUUACAGACAGCAGAGAAUGAUAGCUAUGCUUACACAAAAAGCACUUGUUGGUACUCAUGUCUUGUUAACACAACAGACGACGACUAUCUGAUGCAUGUUUUCCUUUACCUAAUUAUCUGACUAAAACACUUUAUAAGUAGAAACAAGUUUUUUGGUAUGACCUUUUCUGUAGUCUGUCAAAUUGUCAAAAGACCACAACUUCCUCAAGAGCUCAAAACGUUCUUCACUUUGUUGUUUGUCAGAAUUAAAACUAUAGUGAUUUGA